GGGUUCAAAUUGAGCACAGACCUCUGAGGUCAAGAGUCAAACCGGUCCACUGAGUUUUGUUACGAUUGGCCUCUCUAAACCUUGUCUAAUCACUGAUUAUAUUAAUCUAUCAUGAAUAGAUUUAUUUAUUAUAAAUAUAGAAAUUUGCCCCGCUGCUUUGCUUACAGGUGCAGAGAGAACCAUGUGUUUGAAAUUCAGCUUGGACCUCGUACACAAAUUGCUGAAGUCUGAUACGCUACAGACGAGGGGAGAGAGCUUCACCUCGAAGCUGCAGUAUCAGCAGUCAGCCACAGAGAACGUGUUCAUGACUUUUCAGCUGGACUGCCCCAAGCUGCUGAAGCUCACGGGACUGCCCGGCCGUCUCAUCGUGUCUCUGUUCGAGCACAGCUCAGUGGUGGAGCACGUGAAGAGUCCUGCUGGACAGACCUCCCCUGACAUUCACGCAGUGGCUAAAGAGAUCGCACCCAUUAACGGUGUUGACCUUCUCAAGAUCCAUAAUAUCCUUCUAGAGAAGUGGCUUUGCACACCAGGGCAGACAAAUGGCAAGGCACAGAUUAUUGAGCGAUUAUUAGUACCAGUGUUUGUCACUACAGGACCUCCAGUACCAGGACUCUGUGACUGAUCUUACUGAGGAUCCUGAUCUCAUGAGAGUGGUGUAUUUGCUGCAGAUGCACCCCAUGGAUAUGAGGCACGUCUGCUCAGUCCCAUCCUGAGUGCAGAGACACAGGUAAAUUAUAUAGCUGUAGCUUCAGCAUGUAUAUGAUUUCUUCCCAUUUUAUACAGUAUUAGUAUAAUUUAAAGGGCCAGUGGGUAUAAUCAAAGCUCUAAAUUUUACAUGUACAUUAACACUGUAAUUAUUAUUUAUAACUCCUUCACCCUACCUUCCCUCCAAGCCCAUAUACAUGUAUACCUGCCUCCUACAAUUUCUGAUGGACAGAAGUUUAUCGUCAUGUUCAUUUGCAACAAACCUUUCAUUUACUGGAUGAAUGAA